AUGGCGCUCACGGCUGUAAAAGAAGAAGAAGAUGAGGGCAUGCUGUUGGAGCGCAAUGACGAGAGUGAGGCCUUGAACGUCCUCGGCGAAGCGACUCCAGUCCCUCCGGGUGUUGUGCUGGACAAGCUGUCCGCAGUGCUCUCGACUGGUCGAGCUCGUCUGAGAUUUGUUUCUGGACGAAGCUGGGGGGUCAAUGGUGUUGUGUUCAACACCUGGACCUCAUUCAGAUGCGAUCCUGAUGGUUCAUGUCGCCUGGUGGACGCUGCCGACUGGCGCACAGGAAGUCGCGCGGAUUGGGCGGCAUCUGAGUUACAGCAGCUUGAAGAUCUCCGCGAAAAGGCCCACGGCCUUCCGUGCGCGGCGUCAUCGCAGCCAUCAGUUCUGAGGCCUCGACAUUGCCGUCGGACAGUCUUUCAGUUUCACCGCGAGUGUUUCAAGAAGAAGCGCGCCGCAGCGAAACCCAAGGCCCACAGCGAGAUGACGAUUGCGGCCUUCCUGGCAAUCGUGAAGGAGCGGUUGACAGCGGAAGGCCAAUUACCGUUGUAUGUGAAGCUGCUCACCACCGUGAAGAAUGGGGCUGGCAGAACUGAGAUGGCCAAGCUCUUAGCAGGAUAUCCCGACUUGGUCACCAAGAUUCCCAUGCCAAAGGCCGUGGCGAAGCCGGCAUCGCAAAAACCGCAAGCUGCCAAGGAGGUGCAAGUCCAGCAAAAGCAGCAGGUCGUGCCUUCCAAGCCGGCUGAAACUGCAGCCAGGCCGAAAACAUGUGACGUGGAUGCAGAAGUUCUGGCAGCCUUUCGCGGGCUCGCGACUACUGCGGGGCUCGUCCGCCUCACUCUGCGCCGUGCAAGACCCACUCAGCGCCUGCGCUUGUUACGCUAUUUGGAAACCUUCGCUCAAGGCCAGGUGCAAGCCAAGCGGCAGGUGAUUUUUUGCCAACGCUCUUCGGCUGACUUCAGCGACGUUGUUGAGGCAAUGACGGCAAGACUGCCACAUCCCGGUUCCGACUCGCUGACGGAGCGCCUGGCGCACAUUUGCGCAGUAAAAGACUUCUUCACAACGUUUGAGCAUGACGAUCGUGAAGCCAAUGAUGCGGUCUCAGAGCAAGAGCCCAACAUCCUUGCAGCCCGAGCUUGGAACGAGGGCCGACUGCAGCUGGCAAUGGAGGUGGGAAUCCAGCCCCUUUUCGUAGAUGACCCUGGCGUACGUCUGGCAGAGAGUGGCUACGUGAGGCGAGCCAAAGCCUUGGGCUAUGCCGUAAGCUUCGAUGAUCUACACUGA